UUCAAGGGUUUGUGUGGCCGAUUUCUUAAACUUUAAAAAUAUGUCUUUGCAUUCGGAAGAGCUAGAAAGUCUUAUGGCCGUUAUUGGUGAUGAGGACACCUGUGUCGGCUUCUUGCUCGGUGGUAUUGGAGAAGUCGGCGAGGAUCGUGAGACCAAUUUCAUGGUCGUGGAGAAGGACACGACUCCCGGCCAGAUUGAGGCGUGUUUCAAGAAGUUCCUGAGGCGGCCAGAUAUAGCCAUCAUUCUGAUCAACCAGGUGUACGCGGACCUGAUUCGCCCCACUGUCGAUGCCCACGACCUGGCCGUGCCCACUGUGCUGGAGAUUCCCUCGAAGCAGCAGCCCUACGAUGCCUCCAAGGACUCGAUUCUGAAGCGGGCCCAAGUGAGUUGGCCUGCGGCGUCGGAAAGGUCAGACCCCACUAACCCCAUUAGCCCCAUUCCCCCAGAGCGUUUUCAGCCCGCCCGAGAGGCGCUACUAGCGGCUCAACUUUGGCAAUCAGUUCCGGGAUCGAAGUGUGAGUCUAAUGAAAGAUUUGCAUAGUUCUCAAAUGCACACCGAAUGCCAAUGCCAGUGCUACAAAGUCGUUCGAAUUGUUCUCGAAAAAAGAUACCUACGCAGAUACAUACACACGCAUACUCACACAAAUGAUGGGAGAAAAUAAAGCUUAUACGUACAUCAGGCAACUUUUCAGCUUUUGCGUUUUAAGGAAAUUGCCAAAAAACUGCAGCGGCAACAAUCUGAAAAGAGGAAAACAACACAAAUGCGUUGCGCUUGCAACAAAAUUGAAAACAGCAACCACACAAAAACAAAUGCAAAAGAAAGAAAAGCCAUGGCAAAAGUACAACAAAGUGAACGAAAACGAUACAAAUAAGCGCUGAAAUGCCAAUACAUGGCAAAAAUGCGAGAAGAAAACCAAACCGAAUAAAGCCAAAUAAAACAAAACAGCGAACCGAAAAAGGCACAACAGAAAACUAACAAAAUAAAAACUCUUAAAAAGACAGCACAAUUUACGUUGUCUGGAUGGAUCUGGACCCACUCGCAGGGAAAGUCGGGGAAAAGCGACUUCUUACGGGCUGCUUAGCGCAACAAAAGCAUGCGAAAACAAUAUUCGAGCAAAGUAUUUUGCGCCAACUUUUCGCACCAAGAAGUUGGCGCCGAGAAUGCAUUCAGAAACUUCUGCUCCAGUGACAAGUUUGCCGGAUCGGGAACCGAACCACCCAGAAUCGCAGGAGGACGUAUCCCUGGUGGCUCCACAAAAGCGCAGCCUAUAAGCAGGCAACUCCCGGACCUCGAACACUCCAGAGGCCGCCUGAAGCUCGGCUAUAAAAUGCUUAAAACUUGGUCAGAAGGCAGUUGGAAAAUUAAUUUACAGACAAUUGCAAUGGACUUUUACGCUUCUAUUCGGUUUGGCAGGCAUAAAGUUACACACUUAAACUCACCAAUAAAACAUGUUUAAUUUUGUGGAUCAAGAAGCCAUAAGACUCUAGAUAGCUGAUAAGUCUGUGAACUAUUUCUGAGUUAAAUGUUACAUUUAUUCUGUUUAUAUUGACAUACAUUUUCCUGC